AAAGUUGGAGAUCACCAUUGGUACAUGUAAGCGCGGAAACAAACCCGGGGAAUUUAGGAAUAACUACGGAGUUGCCGUGUCUGCUGACAAUGAAAUAUUUGUGACUGAUUACUUCAACAACCGAGUCCAAGUCUUCAGCAUAAACGGGACCUUUCUCCGCCUCUUUCCAACCGUCGUGCCGGUUAACGGGUAUGUCGUGCUGUACAGUAGGAACGGCCGACCCAUAAAGAAGUUCGACGUACGCUUCCUGGACCGAAAUCAGCAUCAAUAUCCCGUCAUUGCCAUGGACACGCGCAACAAUAAAGUAAUCGUGAUGGACAGAGAUACAAUAAGGUUGUUUCAUCCAAACGGGACUCUCUAUCGGAGCCACGUGGUGUUCCUUUAA